AUGACCGGCCUGAAGCAGAUGGCACUUCUGGACGCGCAGCGCUCCCCGCCGGCGUGGCUGCGUCGGCUUCUGGAGACGAACUUCUUCGAGAAGUGCUCGGACCACCCGGAGGCGUGGCGCUCGACGAGGAGCGCCGGCUGCUGCAAUUUCUUCUGCACAACCUGCGCCGGCCGCGCCCUUUGCUCAAGAUGCCUCGGCGACCACGCAGGCCACGAAAUUAUCCAGGUGGAAGACCUGCGCCACCUGCUGAACGUGUCAUUGGUGCAGACGUACAUCAUCAACGGCGCGCCGGCUGUUUUCCUCGACGAGCGGAGCAUGUCGGGGAAGGGGAAGAAGCCUGGCGCAGAAACCGAGUGCGAGGAAUGCGGUCGGGGUCUCCAGGACGCGGGCUCUCUCUUCUGCUCGCUCGGAUGCAAGGCUAAAGGAAUAGAGGACCGUCUUGAUUUCAAUGUAUCGUUCGCUGUCGAUCCAAGAAGAGACAGCUCUGGAGAAGAGUCAGAAUCAGCAUCAGACGAUGAAGAUUCAGAAGAUUUGAACCUUACCAGGGUCUAG